ACCCAGGUAUUCCACUUGUGCAGCCUCCAGCGAAGGCCAUGUUGCGUGGAAUACGCGGAAGUUAUAGCAACACGGAACAUGCUGGGCUAAAUUGUGGUAGUUCAUCGGAAGUAUUAAGCCUGUAUUUAAAGCAUUUUUCAAGCAGGAAUGCGUAGUAAGCAACAAACAAGUUGUCUUAUGAUAACGUUGUACGGUAAAAAAUGUUCAUCUUAAAACGUUUGCCAUUCACCGGAAGUAUUUCUGUAAGGAUGCUCCAGUAUACCUCCCUAACUUUUGGAUUUGGUGUCGCAUGUCAUCGUUCUACCUCCCGCAGGGGGGCGAGUCCGUACAACUCAGUAGACAGUGAGCGCUACUCGUCCCUUGUAAAAUCUGUCAUCUCUUCGAGGACCAGUUCUCAAACGCCUGAUACCAUUCAAGAUGAGGAUGAGCACAUGUUUGGACCAGUUGUCAAAGCUCAUACGCAGUCACGACAACAAAGGAGGCGUCCAAAAGUCAUUCAUCCUUUUUUACGUUGCGAGGAAACACGGGAGCCUGAGUCAGGACCUCCAGUGCGAAUCGUGUUAAACAGGGGCCAAGGUCGGUCGUCCAUACCGAGUGUUACCAGGAUUCUUCAGGCGACGCUUUCAGCAGAGCAGCUCUUCUAUCUGGAGAGAUGGAAGAGAAGGAUGGUUGCAGAACUGGGGGAGGAAGGCUUCAAAGAAUACACCCAAAACUUGUUUAGGCAAGGGAAACUUUUCCAUUCAGCCCUGGAAGAAGUUAUUAUGUCAGGCGCAACAAGGCAAGACGAACAACAUGAACCACAAUCAUCUGAUGUGAUGGGAUACAUGAAGAGCAUCACUUACGUUCUGGAAGAUGUGAACGCAGCAAGAGCAAUAGAGAGCAGUGUGCAGCACGACACUCUCGAUUAUUUGGGCAUCGUGGAUUGUGUGGCCCACUACAGAGGUGUUCUGUGUGUUAUUGACUGGAAGACCUCUGAAAAACCUAAGCCGUUCCUGAGCAACACAUAUGACAACCCCAUUCAGGUAGCGGCCUACGCUGGAGCUUUGAACAGUGAUGGCAGAUACAAAUACCAGGUGGAGAAUGGGCUUAUUGUCGUUGCCUACAAGGAUGGCUCACCCGCCCACGUUCACCAACUGAACCGUGAGCUAAUGUCGGAAUAUUGGGAAAAGUGGCUGAUUCGCUUGGAAGAGUUUCGAGAACAGAGGUGAACGCAAGUUGUCAUUUCAUCAACAUUUUCUAGCAAAUUUGCCUUUGUUUUCAUAUGAGUGUUACUACUUUAGGCGUUGCAAAAUGUUUUCAAGAGGUGUGAAAAGGCACAGAAGUGGUUUGGAACUGAUGACUGUCAUGGGCUUCAGAAACAUUAGUACUGUUACUCAAUAUUAUACUCAUGAUUGUUGAUUUUAUUUUCAGAUCCAACAAAGAGUCUGCUCAACAAACACAAUAGUCCUAGAUGCCUCCAAGCUGUGAGAAGGUUGGGCGAACUCCUCACCCUCCAUUACAAAGAAACAUUUAGUUAAUUCUACCUGUGUUCUCUACAUUAAUAAACAAUCAUCUUUCUAUAGUUGCUUGUACGCAUUUGGGUCAUGGGUGAGCUGGAACCCAUCCAAGCUGAUUUUGUGUAAAAGUUGGGGCACACCCUGAACUGGUCGACAGUCAAGCACAGGAUGCAGACGCAUAUGGACAAACAACUCUUAAUAUUCACGUUCACACCUUUGAGUAAUUUAUAGUUCUGUAUUUUUCGGACCACAAGGCAUCAUCAAAAAUCACCAGUGCGCCUUAUGUGUGAAUUGAUGUCGGUUUUUACUAUUUUGUAGAAUUGAUUCGAAUUAUGUUGAAUAAUUGCCCUGUAAAGAUCAAUAAAGUUUUUCUGUCUCCCAAAA